AAGUCAUACUUUUCUGUCUCUAUCGGGCCCACGACGGCCCACGAGUAGCAUCCUCCCUGGUGCCUUGACGUUGCUAGGACGACCAGAAGGGGCUGACCUGGGACACGUGACAGUUGCUCUCUUGCCUUGGGGUUUGUUGCUGUCACAAAUUUGUUAAGUGUUCUCCCCGCCAGCGGCUAGACAGCGGACAGAACCAUCUGGAGAGUCUGGAAAAGAUGGAGCUCUCUGCGGUCGGAGAUCGUGUUUUCGCCGCGGAAGCCAUCCUGAAACGUCGCGUCCGAAAAGGUAGUAUCGAAUAUCUCGUGAAGUGGAAAGGAUGGGCAUUGAAGUAUAGCACAUGGGAACCAGAGGACAAUAUUCUGGAUGACAGACUCAUCACAGCUUUUGAACAGAAAGAACGUGAACAGGAACUCUAUGGGCCAAAGAAGCGUGGGCCUAAACCGAAAAAUUUUGUUCUCAAGGCACGGGCCAAGUCAGGAGAGCCAUCAUCCCGGGGCUCAGGCCCCCGCCCUGCGCCUCGCCGCUCUGCCUCUCGGCCGCCGUCCGCUCGGCCUCCUUCCUCCAGUCCCACCACUCCCGUGUCCAAUCCCCCUUCCUCAUCCUCGUCUUCGUCCCCUGCUCCCUCUCCUAAGCUCCACUCACUGGCGGCCUCCCACAAGCUGAAGAAGGACAUCCGCCGCUGCCACCGCAUGUCCCGCCGCCCGCUGCCCCGGCCUGACCCCUUGGCUCCCCCCAGCGGCUCCGCCUCCAGCUCCUUCUCCUCCCGGCCCCCCAUCUCGCCCUUCUCCGAGACGGUGCGCAUCCUGAACCGCAGGGUCAAGCCCAGAGAGGUCAAGAGAGGUCGCAUCAUCCUGAACCUGAAGGUCAUCGACAAGGCAGGAGGUGGGGGGGCCGCUAGCAGGCGGACCGGGAUCCCCUCGCGGAACCGCAUCAUCGGCAAGAGGUCCGGCGAAGUGCCCUACCGGCCUUUCCAGCCUCCCAUGAAGAUGACGGGCUUCCCCAUGUACGGCAAGCCAUACGGGCUACAGGCCAUCGGCCCCGUCUCUUGUCAGCCCAACACUGGCAUGGCGUCCAACACGGAGGCCCGUGUAGGGGGCACGUCCGUGCCAGCGUCCGCCAGCACUCCGCCGGCUGUGCCCCAGUACCAGUCUCCGCCCUCCCCCUCCAGCUCCAGCGGCUCUGACAGCCGACCUCCGACCCCUCACCAGAGGCAGCUGGCCGCUCCGCGCGCCCCACCGCAGCCCCGUGCUCGGGCCUCUCCCCUCAAACUGGGCCCCCAGGCCGCCGCCCAGGGCGACGCUUCCUCCCAGCCUCAGCCGAGCGCCGCUCAGAGCGCCGCCGUGCCCGAGGCGGCCGCCUUCCUCCCCUGCUCGCCCUCGCUCUCGUCCUCGCAGUCCUCGUCCUCCUCUCUCGAGGACGAGGAGGGAGAGGAUGCCGCCGGUCGCUCAGCGUCCGCAAGGGGCAGGAGAGGCCUCCGCCAGCGCCGCGCCCAACUCGGCCAGCCCCCCGCCGCCUCAGACAGCACUGCGUCUGCGCCCGCUGAGGACGCCCCCUCCGCCAGCCUGCCAGGGGAGACCAGGGCACCUGUGGAGGGGGACCCAGACUGGCACCCCGAGAUGGCCCCCCGCGGCACCAACGUGGUGGUGACCGACGUCACCACAAACCUCCUCACCGUCACCAUCAAAGAGUUCUGCCAGCCCACUGAAGCAGGCUCAGGACCCGCCUCCCCCUCGGCCACCUCCCCACCUCCCCCUCCCCAGGCGGACGAGCUGUCAUUGCCUCUUCCAGCCGCACCGGUGGCCCAGCCAUAGAGCACAUCAGCCAGGGUGGCCUGGCCUGGCCUCCUCACAAGUCCUGCAGUCAUUAAGAAAGUGAAAUGUAUUUUUAUGGAACAAGAAUAGAGAUGAUAUUCAACCCAGCAGCUGCAGUAAGGCCCCAUAAUGAGAAGUUCUCUAAUCCCCAACGCAUGUCCUCUUGCACAAUAUUGAUGAUAAGGAGGUAGUCUUAACCACUCCAGUGAUUUCCAGACCCUAUAGUCUAGGAAACGCAGUGCAGGCUCUAGUCCGGUUUUCUGUCUGUACCCAAGGGACCACAAAGCCGGUUACAUUGAAGGACGCAUAGUUUUGCCAUUACGAUAUUUCCGGGAGCAUCAGUCUAAAUUGAAAACACGGUGGUACCUUGAGAAUGAUAGUGCUGUUUCUGCUUUAGAGUCCUAGUGUAGGUUAACAGAUUGUUUAUUAGCACUUGCACUUGGUGAGCAGGACAAGGCAAUAUGCACACACUCCAGUGUGUCCAGCAUCAAGUCAAGGUGUUCAUGAGAAAUGUUCCUUCGUUGUUUGUUACUAGACGACGCUUGCCACACGUUUUGUCUCCGUUAUCGCACAGGCAUAAGGACUUGUAUUUAUAUGCACGCACAAUAUUAAAGCUACAAAACUCAUAAACUAAGGACAUUUAAGUUAUUGUUCUUCUGUCCUCUCUGAUCUUGUUAUGUCAUGUUCCCUGAGAGACAUGUGUGGCAUGACUCUAGACUGAUUUUACUCUUAUUUAAGCUGAGGACUGCAUUUUGAGUGUAACAUAUAAUCUACCAUAUGCUCUUGUGUGAUUUUUUUUUUUUUAAUUUUUGAUUUCUCUAUGUACUCUGUCCACCUCUCUCAGUGUCUCAGCCUUUAAGGAGUAGUUUGUGUUUGACGUUACUGUGAUCCUUAUGGGGCUAUAGGCCAAAGCUGUUUGUGAGGAGCUUGGGCAGAAAGUUGUCAGAAUGUGAUAGAUGCAGAGCACUGCUGUUAAUGGUAUCGGUGUUGUGUUUUAAUCAGAACAUGCCAAGUACCGUUUUAAGCUUUGCCAGCAUCUGAUUGGCCCCCGUGGUCAUCUUAGUAAAAUGUGUGUCUUUGGUUGAACUGGGUGCUAUAAUGAAGACAGGACACUCUACCCAGACCUUUCUCUGGUGCUGCCCCUGGACCCAGGGCCUCCUGCCUGGUGCAUUUGUUCAGUAUCCCGUGUCAACGCAUGUGUUGCCUUUCUGCUGCUCCGUUCAGUGCAACCACACGUGGUAGUUACGGCUAGUCUGUCGUAGGAGUAUUACACAUUUCAACCAAGCAGUAUGUUUUGUUUACCUGUAUAUCAGUCGUCGGUAUCGGUUCAUCGGUAGUACACCUUUGCAAUGCAAGGCAGUUUCAGGAUAUUUCCUUUUUGAAGAAGGGCAGCUCAGUUGUACUUUAGUGGCCUACAUUUUAAAUUGUCAUAGGGCUUUGAAUUUGUUGGAUGUAGUAAUGAGAGUCAUUAGUGGCAUUCAGAAUGAGAUGGACAGAUUUUUUUUAAUCACUUUGACAAACUCAUCUUUGUCUGAAAGCUAAGUGUUGUCAACAUUGAAAUAUGGGCUUUUGUGCAUUUUUGAGGGAUUUUUUUAUUUCCAUGUUGUUGAAGUGAAUUAAAAAAUGCCACAUUUUAAUAGCCAUCAUUAUUUCAAAAGUUCAGUGUGGGUUUGAGUGAAUGGAAAACCCAGGUUAUGAACUCUGUGUGGUUAAGACUACAGUUUGUCUCUAUGGUAAUACGUAUAAUGUAAAUGCUCUUGGUUAUGGUAAUGAUGAAUAUGAUUAUGAUGACGAUGAUGAUAAUGAUGAUGACAAUGAUGAUGUUGACAUUGUAAUGUAUCUGAAGCAUGUUUCCAAACCCUUAUUGUACAGGUCAUGUAAGUGUCAUAAUAUUGUUGCUUUUUGUGUGUGUACCAGUGUGUGUGUUUCUUGUAUGAGGCUUUUAAUAAAACUCACCUUUUAAAGACA